CAUGAAAUUUUAAAAAGAUAUUGUGCACAGUAUUUGAUGUUUGAUCUUGAAAAAAUAAUGAAUCGAUUAUCUUACAACUUAUUUUGUAGCGUGAGAAGAGAACUUUUGCAAACCCAUGAUAAGAAUGCAAUGAUGUCGAAGAAAUGUUUCGAAAAUUUCAGAAAACUUCAUCUUUGUGCAGGUUGUCAUAAAAGUCUUAGAGCAAUUCUAAAGAAUUUAAACCCUCGAAGGAUUUUGUCAACAUCCUGCUGUCAACAAAUGUCAAGUGAUGACAUUUCAAAGAAAAAGAAUGACAUUCAGCUUAGUAAGGUUGACUAUAAUGCUGCUCAUGAUGAAAACACAUAUGUGACUGAAACAAGGGCCAUUAAUGAUUAUAUUCUCAACCAAAGUGAUCUUGAAGGUCUUCAGAAAAUCACAGUUCGAAAUGCGUAUAGUUCAGAGGUUGAACUUCCUACAUAUUGUUACUUGAAAUCUCAAGUAAAGAAAAGAGCAAUUGAAAAACAUGGUAGCAUAGCAAGUAUCAAACACAAACAUCGUGAAAGACAGAAGCAACUUGAAGCGGAUGAAACAUACAGACGAGAUUUCAGUGGUUUGAUCGGCCAUUUAAAGAAAACUAUAAAAGAUCAAACGAAAAUUGAUGCUGAUAAGAAGGUUUACGGUGGUCAUACCGAAAGAGUAAACUUUCUCAAAGGUUCUGCACGAGUUGUAACUUAUGCUAUUAUAAGCAAUUUUACAGUGAUGGUGUUUAAAUUUGGAGCAUAUUUGUACACAGGUUCUGCCAGCAUGUUGUCAGAGGCUGUUCAUUCAUUAGCUGAUUUUGCAAACCAGUGUUUACUGGCGUUUGGUAUUCUGCAGUCCAUUAAAGCUCCCUCUGUCGAUCACCCAUAUGGGUGGUCACGGGCGCGAUAUGUUUAUUCUUUAAUCAGUGGCGUUGGGAUAUUUUUCCUUGGUUCUGGUGUUUCAGUAUAUCAUGGUAUUAGUGAUUUAUUUAAUCCUCCUGUUCUUGCCUCACUACCCUUGGCACUUUCUGUUUUGUUUGGCUCUCUUCUGGCAGAGGGAGCGACGUUUGUUAUGGCUGUCAAUCAAGUCUCCAUGAGCGCAAGAGAGGCUGGUGUUUCGUUUUCUGAUUAUGUUGUUCGUGGUCGUGAUCCAAGUGCUGUUGCAGUGUUAGCUGAAGAUGGAGCAGCUGUAACUGGUUUGUUAAUAGCAGCAUCGUGUUUAGGACUUACCUCGUACACUGGAAAUGUUGUUUAUGAUGCUGUUGGGUCUAUUGCUAUUGGAGGACUAUUGGGUGCCGUCGCGAUAUUUUUAAUAAGACGAAACGCUGAUUUUUUAGUUGGCAGAUCAAUACCAGAAGAUCGUUUGAAGCAAAUUAUGAACGUUUUAGAACAAGAUAUAAUGGUCAGAUCUAUUCAUGACGUGAAAGCAACGGAGUUAGGCGCAGAUACGGUGAGAUUCAAAGCUGAAAUCAAUUUUGAUGGCAGAGAAAUAACUAGACGACAUUUAAGCAGAAAAGAGACCACUCAAUUACUAAAGGAAGUGCGGGAUAUUCAGACGCCUGAGGAACUUGAACGGUUUCUAAUGGAUCAUGGGGAACAAAUUAUUGAUACUUUGGGUCAAGAAGUUGAUAGAAUUGAGAGGAAUAUUAAGAAUAAAAAUCCAGAAGUACGCCAUGUUGAUCUGGAGAUACUGUGAAUUAUUACAUAUGAUGAAGUAUAAAAAAUUUCCGUUUUACCAUUUUAAGAUAAAUAUUUGUUAAUAAGAUGUUUAAUUAUUAUUUAAUUAUUAAUAUAAUGAAUUAUUUACUUUCUUCUUCGCUUUUCCUGGAAUGUUACUAA